CCGGCCCGGCGUGCGGCAGGGGCGGUGCUGCGCGGCUCGGCGUCCUCCUGCCUCCCCGCUGCCGCUCGGCACGCCCGGCACGGGCGAUUCGCUGACCCGGGUGAGGAGGCGGGGGACGAGCGGCAGCACCGGGCGGUCGCGGCGGGCAGGGAGCGGGCCGGAGGCGGCAGCGGGGCUCCGGGCCCGGCAAGGACAGCCCAAGGGCGAAGAGGAGCCGGCGCGGCCAUGGCUUCCUCCAAACCCUUGUCUCGAUUCUGGGAGUGGGGCAGGAACAUCGUGUGUGUGGGGCGGAACUACGCGGAGCACGCCAAGGAGAUGGGCAGCGCGCUGCCCCGCGAGCCCCUCUUCUUCCUCAAGCCCUCCACGGCCUAUGUGCGCGAAGGGUCGCCUAUCCUGCGGCCGUACUAUUGCAGCAACCUGCACCAUGAAGUGGAGCUGGGGGUGGUGAUCGGGAAGAGAGCCCAGGCCGUGCCCCAGGAGGCUGCCAUGGAACACGUGGCUGGCUAUGCCCUCUGCUUGGACAUGACAGCCAGGGACACGCAGGAGGAGUGCAAAAAGAAGGGUCUGCCCUGGACCUUGGCCAAGGGCUUCAGUUCAUCGUGCCCAGUGAGCGACUUUGUGCCCAAGGAGAAGAUCCUAGACCCUCACAAGCUGAAGAUCUGGCUCAAGGUGAAUGGGCAGCUAAGGCAGGAAGGGGACACCUCCUCCAUGAUCUUCUCCAUCCCUUACCUGAUCAGCUACAUCAGUGAAAUAGUCACCCUGGAAGAAGGAGACUUGAUUCUGACAGGAUCUCCCAAAGGUGUUGGGUCUGUGCAGGCCAACGACGAGAUAGAGGCAGGGAUAAAAGAUGUCCUGUCCAUGCGGUUUAAGGUGGCACAGCAGACACGCAGGUCCUAACCAGGAGCAUGGCUGAGACCCCAUCUGCAUAGGAAGAGGCUCUUUCGGGAACAUCUGUUUAAUGAGGAGGUGCACAACGUGUCCUGUGCAUUAAACACCUGUAUGGGCCAAGCAUCUAGCGGACUAUAGCACGUCAAAGACACACAGCCCAUGAGAUCAAAAGACAUUUGACUGAACCAACCCCAUUUCCAUGAGGCUUUGCCCACCUGAGGCUGUGCACAUGGAGCCCAACUCAGCUUGGGGCACAUGGUUCACGUGUC